AAGAUUGAGAAAGAUGGGAGGAAAAGGGAAGACGGAAACAAAAAAGAAAAGGUGAAAAGGAGAACGGAGAACUUUGUCAGAACAAAGGGGAAAAAAGAAAAGACGCUCUCACUUGGCAGAGGAAACCGAGGGGCAAUCGCAGAGGAUCGAAUCGGAGAAGAAAAGGAAAAGGAAAAGGAAAAAGAGGGAUUUCCUUCUUUCUAUUCGCUCUUCGUGGCGUUGUUGGUCCUCUGAAUAAUUUUCGUCCGCUUCUCACUACUCUCUCUCUUUCUCUAGCCAGGGGUGUGCGCGUGUGCGGGCGCCUGGAACAGAAGAUUGGUAGACUUCGUCAAUUCUUUAGCUCUCUUUCUCUCUGAGUGGCUGACUACGUGUCGGUGAAUGAUGAGUUACACCGGAGGAACUCCAGGAAUUCCUCAGGCAGAGGGAAUUUGAAGAGUAGGGUUCUAUUUCCAGUCCCCUCCUGCUUUGCCAUUGCUCGGAGUUCAGUAUUCUCGGAUCCGAGGAGUAAACCAAUGCUUGGCAUCUGAGCGAGCUAAAAGUCUGCUCUCAUGGCGAAGCGAGUGAACUGGGUGGUGUCGGUUCUCUCCUAUUGGGCUUCUAUUACGCUCCACAUUGGCAGAACUUGGCGAUCCUAGUGGCUUAUCGGGAAAUAGGGUUUGCGCGGUUCACUUGUUUGAGGAUGGGGGUCCGGUUAUCGAGCAAAGAGGUGGGGAGGGGGACGGGGUGGGAGAUUUUGGGUUCGGAAACGCUUUGACCGAGAAUUCGGGACUUUCUUGGUGGUGCAAAUGCCGCCUUCUCCUGCGUUUCGUCGCUCUCCGUCGCCGAAGACGGAGGGUCUCAGGCGGCAAGGAAGCUUCGAGACUCCGCUGAUGUUCAGGGAGGAGGAUCACGAUCUGGCGCUUUUCAACGAUAUGGAUGCUAGGGAGAGGGACGAUUUCUUGCUCACCUGCGCCGACGAGGAUAUGGACGACUCUAUAUCGACGAAGUUGAAGCACUUCUCUGAUUUUAAACUGGGUGUGACGGUUCCUGCCCUAGGAGAUGGAAGUGAUCUUCUGGAGGUGGAGGACGAAAAGAAUGACUAUGAUUGGCUUUUGACUCCUCCUGAUACACCGCUGUUCCCUUCAUUGGAUGACGAAAGUACUACUCUUCCUAAUAUUGCACAGAGAGGAAGACCACAGAGCCAGCCCAUCUCUAUUUCUAGAUCAAAUGCUGUGGAGAAGAGUCGCAGUAGCCAGAAGAGUAGAACUAGUGCAAGUCCAAACAGGCUAAGCCCAUCACCUAGGUCAACUAGCGGCAGUGUACAGUCAAGAGGUAGACCAUCUUCUGCUCCCAACUCUAGCUUUAUUCGUCCGUCAACAUCACCAAGAAGGCCUUCCACUCCACCAAGUAUGCAUCACAGCCAAACAGAAAGGUCUUCGACUCCCACAGCUCGAAGAGUGAGUACUGGAUCCAGUGGUUACAAAAGGGGACUUUCACCCGUAAAGGCUAACCGUGGGAACUCUGCCUCCCCUAAAUUAAGUGCUUGGCCAUCGAAUCUUCCAGGGUUCUCUUCAGAUGCCCCUCCAAAUCUUCGGACUUCUUUGUCAGAUCGUGCUGCAUCAUAUGUCAGAGGGGCAUCUCCUGCAUCAAGGAAUGGGAGGGACAUAGCAAAUAAGAAUCGAAGGCAAUCAACGUCACCAGUAGUUUCUAGAAGUGCUAGCUCUCAACAUAGCGAUGAUCAUGACCACACAAGCUCAUAUAGUAAGGGCUCUGUAGGUUCAUCUUGUGAAGAUGAAGUGGAGUCCAUGCAGUCCGUCCUACCUGACAAGCAAGUGAUCUCUCCAGGCAUUUCUGGUCGCUCAAUUGCAAGGAGAAAUGAACCUUUUUCCAAACCAAAAGGUUCAAUCUAUUCAAAAAGAAUUUCUCGGCCAAUAUUAUCAAGCUCUGCUCCAAAACGGUCUUUUGAUUCUGCAAUGCGUCAAAUGGAUCAGCGGAAAGGUCCUCAGAGCAUGUUCAGGCCACUGCUAUCUAGUGUCCCAUCUGCUUCAUUCUGUCUUGGUGAAGGAAAUGAUUUCCACCAACAUUUGGUUUCCAUCAAUUCCACUCUUAUGUCCAAUGCCAAUGUGAACUCUGAUUUGGGUAUUGGAGCUUCACUCGAUACUGUUGGAGGUGAUCAUGAACAUAAUGAUCUGGCCUGUGGAUGGGAAAAGACUCCAUUAUCUGAUGUCCAAGAAGAAGCAUUGACCUGCAAAAAUGAAAAUGAAUCAGGAAAAGAAGUACCUGAUGCAGAGCUUCAAGAUGCUGAUAUGGAAAAGUUUGGGGCUAAUCAGCAAUCUAAUGCUGUCAGUAGUCUGGAAAUACAUAACGGGAAUGAGGACAGUGUCUCUGAAAUUCCCACUGUUAAUGACACUUGUGAAUUGGAUGCUAAGUUCACUGUACUGGACAGGUCGAUUCUUGAAGCUGGAAACUUGGGUGGAUUAUUUUCUACUUGCUCUAAAUGUGGGCGAAGCUGUCCUGUGAAGGAAAUCUUGGAUAGGAACUUAAAUAUUUGUCAAAGCUGUGUUGAGGAAGAUGAGUUUCUUUGUUGUCAGUCGCAACUGCCUGACAAUGCAGCCAUGGUUGUUCAUACAAAAGAGCAGGAUUCUAAACUUUUAAGCAAUGGGGAGAAACAAAAUGAACUAUCGACUCCUGUAGCCAAUGUCUUUGGAACUUGUGCGGACCUGCACCAUGAUGAUUUCUUGGAUGAUACUCUAGGUCAUCUAGAAAUAUAUGUUGAACUUCAUGCAGACAAAGAAAUGGAGCAGCUUCCAAUGGAUAGUGUGGAAAAAAAUGGCGAAGCAAAAUAUAUGACCGAUGCAGCGCAGACUUGUUUACCUAGUGCAGAAAUGAUAGAUCCUGGGCAGUCUCAGGAAAAUGUCAUUCAAUCCAAAAAUGAUAGUAACUUGCUUUCGCAAGAUGGGAAUGGAAAUGCUCAUCCAAGCUUGAGACUUGAGGCCUCUGAAGGUGCUGGUAUGUCCUUGUUGCUCACAAGGUCAAGCAGUGUAAAACGACCUGUGGUUCACGGGAAGGCACUAUCUGCUUCAAGCAUGUCUUGGGAUAAUCCUGGAUUUGUGACCAGUGGCUUCAAUGGCAUGAGAAGUCUGAGUAAUGCAUCUUGCUCCUCUUCCACUGAUGCAACUUCAUUAAGGCAAAUGGAUGCACGUUUUCAGAGGCAGUCCAGUAGGAGGUCUGAUUUGGAAAAUCGAACCGAUAUGAAAAUAAAUAAGCAAGCUGAACCAGUUUCUUCUAUCAGUGUUAAUCAAGGUAAUUCUGAAUAUGCUGUCCAGGCUGAUGCAGAUAAGGUCAUCGAGGAUGAAAAAUGUACAGUGUUGGAUAAGAUAGCCUCAGAUGCUGCAAGCUCCUUUUCAGUUGAUAUUCCUGUCCAUGACCAAGAUGAACUUGGUAUCAAAUGUAUGCAAGUACUACCUUUGGAUCCAUCUGGUUUGGGGACAUUUAGCAGUUCAGAGCUUGCCCCUCAGGGUGACACGUCACAGGCCAAGGUUCUGGAUCAAACAUGCAGAGUGGACAAGGACUGUAGUUUAGAUGAGAAUGCUGAAGGACACUGUCCUAACAACUUAGGGCAUACUUCAGAGAAGGAUUUCUUAGUUCUGAAUGCAGAACCUUCUGCAGUUUUUGAUGAUAGCAUGAUGAGCAGUAUGGAUAUUCAGACUGAUGUUGACUCUGUUCCUGGGGAGUGCUUGAAGGGUAGUGGGGGUCCAGAAGAUGGACAUGACAACUUUACAAGGUCACCUUCUGGCUCUUCUACCUCCCAAUCUACCAAAGAUUUUUUGGUCCUAGAGCUUGCCACUUCUGCACCCGAGGAAGUUGAUGUACCAGGUGAUGUUGUAGAACCAAGCAACCUGGAUAAUUCUUCAAGUUAUAAAGAGAAAGAGACAUCAAAGUUCGAGGAUCCAAAUGGUUUUUUGUCAAGAAGCAUAACACUGGAGGAAGCCACAGAUACUAUUCUCUUCUGCAGUUCCAUCGUUCAUAAUCUGGCAUAUAAUGCUGCAGCCAUCGCUAUUGAAAGGGAGAAAGCUCCCUUUCUGGAAAGUACUCGACCCACUGUUACCAUCCUGGGCAGAUCUAGCGAAAAUGAUGCCAGGCAUCCAAGUGUUCUAUCUGGAAAGAGGGUGACAAGGUCGCGAAAGCCUAGAGUGAAACAACAGUCACAAGCAAAUGAUGGUGAAUCCAACAAGGCUGAAGUCGAACUGAAGUUCUAUGAGACCAAAAUCCAUCAUGUUACUGUACCAAAGCAAAUUGAUAGCACGAAACCUAUGAAGCUUGAGUCCAAGUGCAAUUGCACUAUAAUGUAGCAGAUCCUCCUCACUCAUGAUACCGUGAAAGCAGCGAGAGCUGGUUGUGUAAAUUUAGAAAUUUUUAAUGUUCAUAGAGUAGGCAAGGGCUGCAAUGUGGAAGGGUAGGCAAGGGCAGCAAUGCAGAUAACAAUUGGUGCACCAUGGAUUUCAUUUCUUAUGAUUUACCUAUCGGUUAGAGUUAGGGAGUGUGACUGUGUUGGUGGAAUCAUGUAGAAGUGUGGCUCCUGUGAUUCAAGGGGAGACGAAUAGUCAGCCUUUCCCCUGCCCAUGUUUUGAUUCAUGUGAAUAGUAGAAUGAGAAUUAUGAUUUUUGAGGUGAUUCUUUUUAUAAA